AGUAAUAAAAACACAUGGUGGUAUGGUACUUUUGUGAGACAUUUUAGCAAUGGUUAUCUAUAUAAUUGACCAUUACUACUAACAAUGGAAGGCUAUAAACCACUCAAAGGAAGUUUAUAUGGAAGUUUUGGCUUUAAAUUGGAUGCGAAAGGAAUCUUAACAGACAAAAGCAUAGUUUACUGUUUCCAUUGCGAACAGAGCUUUUCCUACCACCGCAGCAAAACAAGCUUGCAAUACCAUUUGCGAAAAAAACAUCCUCUUGUCACUAAAGCUACACCUAGUGAAGAUGUAGAGUCCGACUCGGAAAUCACAGUGAUCUCUGACAACUCUAACAUGGAUUUCCGAGGGUACCCGUUGUCCAGCAGUCUGGGACCAAAUUUGAGGAGAAGGGGGGAUCGGGGACCACCAGGACUGGUUCUGGAUAGACGCAAGUCUACAGUUUGGAAUUACUAUAUCCAGCUUAAUGAGAUGUAUGUUGAGUGUAAUAUAUGCAAGAGACAGUUGUCUUUUCACAACCGCACUACGACUAUGAGGGAGCACCUUGUCCGCAAACAUAAUAUACGUGACAAUGGUCCACCUGUACUCCAUAACACAGUGGUGGCCUUGGCCCCGAUUCCAGCUACAUCACUUCAGCCAAUGGCCCAGCCCAGAUUCCCCUGCAACAUCUCCACUACAUCUACUACUGCCAACACAUUCAUGUUCCAGCCAGAUUUGCAUGUAGUUGUAAAAGAGGAGCAGCAGGAUGCUGACUUAUCUCCUGAACAAGGGACGGCCAAACGUUCACGAAUCACAUGUGCUCCCCCAGAUGUAGGAGGCGGUGCCAAUGCCAACCCUGUCUGCAGCCGAGAUUUGGAACCGUCAAAUUCAAAUACUGGAUUACUAUACAGUGAGAACAACCACUUUGGUGAUAGCAGUCGCAGUGGCACUUGUAUCAAGGAAUCCAAUGAUAAGCGAACUGGGUUCCUGACUGACCUAAUAUUAGAAGUGGUGUACAGGGACUUGCAGCCACUGUCUGUGGUGGAGGAGAGGGGAUUUCGUCUUCUAUUGAGCUGCUUAGAACCACAGUACCCAGUGCCAUCUCCCUCUCAGCUCGGCAGCAUUAUUUGGCAUCGCUAUGAUGUGCUUAAACUGCAACUGCAGCAGUGUCUUCAGUCUGGCCUGGCACCACGUGGCAUAUCACUUUGCACUGAAUACUGGAGGUCAGCAGCAGGUUGUGAGGUGGGAGCAAGCGGCCGGGUGUUCUUAACUGUAAGUGCACAUUUUAUUGACAAAGACUGGCGCUUGGCCCGUUGUGUGCUGCAGACCCGUCCCAUGACCGUUAUCAGAGAGAGGGCUUGUGGAAGUGGGUUCACUCAAUUUGGUGACACCCUAAAGGCAGUUCUCUCUGACUUCCAUCUCCCCCAGAGCUCUGUUUUCUGUGUUGUGCACAAUACUCCCAAGACCUCAAAGGCCAGAGGGACUGCGAAUAUGGGACUUCAGAAAGAAAAUCAAAUUGCUGGACCAGGCCAAUCACCUCAGGAUCUACCAGAGAGCUGGGUAGCAUUACACUGUGCAGGGGAAGCCCUCAAGCUCUGCAUCCAGGAAGGACUAUGGAUGGAACCUGUCAGACAGGCUCUUUCUGAGGCCCGCAGGAUUAUUUCACAUUUCCAGCAUGACACACCUGCUGCUGCCGCUCUGAUCCACAAAGCAGAAGCUGCUAAUAAAGCCGGUGCUUGUCUGGCGCUGGAUGACCCAGGGCACUGGGCAACUACUAUCGACAUGUGUGAAAGUCUGCUAGGGCUGAAAUGGGUGGUGAGCUCCGUUCUAGAGGAGCAGAAAGCUGCUCCAAACUUAGUGGACCACCAGUGGCGUCUUCUCCAGGAGCUGGUGCCAGUUCUUAAGACCAUGCGCAUCGCUGCCUCCUUUUUGAGUGAGGACAUAAAUGUGUCCAUCUCCGCCCUUAUGCCGUGCCUGCAUGGUGUAUUCCGUGUCCUAAGGCAACACAUCGCAGAGAGUAGCUGCCCUGUGGCUCGAGGAGUCAUGGAGACCGUGCAGUCAGGAAUGGAGCGACAGUGGAGACUGGGUGAAGAGGAGGCCUUACUGGACAGCCCUGCCGUCCUCUCCUCAUUCCUGGACCCGAGGUUUAAGGAGCUGCGCUUCCUCAGCCCACAUGCACGUAGUAAGCUGCACGACAAGGUUAAAGAACUGUUAUCUGCUCAAGUGCAAAUGAAGGCAGAGGAAAUAAGCAGAGAGCGUGAUAAAGGCGGUGAUGAUGAGAAGGGCGAAGAGGGAAGGGAAAGGGGAGUGACUAAUAUGAGAUUGAUGAACUCUCAGUCAACAAUCGUUCAUCUGCAGCCCCCUUCUUAUAAUCAAGUGAGCCCGGUGGCCAAAACCAUGUACGACAUACUGCUAGGAGAGGAUCCCACUGAGCGAAUGCCUGAGAUCCACCAACAGCUGGAGAACUACAUUGCAGAGCCUUUGUGCAAACGUAGCCUGUCACCUCUCCACUGGUGGCACUCUAAGGAGCAUCGCUUCCCUGCCGUGGCCAGACUUGCCCGUACAUUUCUGGCUAUUCCUACUACGGCUGUGGCUGCAGACAGAGCUUUUGCUCCUAGAGAGACUACUGUUGCUCAACGCAGGGCCAUUCUGGGGCCCCAGCAUUUGGAUCAUAUUCUUUUCCUUCACCAGAACAGUGACUAUGUGGAGAAACUGAUGGGAGGGUCUACGGUGCAUGGAGAACGGGGCAGUGACAAGAAUGGAGCCAAGAAGACAAGAGAGACUCUGUAUCAGUCUUUAGUGUCCUAUGAGAGCAAGACUUGGGUGGGAGGGGAGGAGUUGUGAGCUUGUAGUCAGUAUCAUAGUAAGAACAGAGUUGUGGAUAUGCACACUCAACAUAGGCCUGAGAGAAAAUAUCCAUCCAAUCCUGCUUAAGAUUUAGCUGAUUUCAACUCAUCUAGGUAAAAAGUUGAAAAAUCAAUGACAAGGCAAACAAAUAAUGCAGCUUUUGGGCUCAAAGCCACACUUGUCUGUUUUUACAUGUAAAAAAAGUGUCUGGCCUACUAGCGUCUGGCCCACAUAUCUACAUGUGAGCUGUGAAUUUUCAUCAUAAGUCGUCGUAAAGUGCUUUCAAUGUGUACCAUACCAAAUAAUAUGUAUCCUAUAUGUAAAGUUGUGAGGAGUUGUUGCACUUUGUCCUUGGUUUGCAUGAAGUAAAAACACAGGUUCAGCAGCGAAGCUUGUACAAUAAUUGCAGCAUGAUGUUCAUUUAGAAGUAAGAAAUGUCUCGAACACUAUCCGUAAAGAACUGUUGCAUUAAAGGAAUGGUUCAAGAACAUUCAAACAAUUUUCAAACAA